AUGUUCUUUCUCCUGCCCUACGUAUUUCUGCUUGUAAGAGGAAUGCCAGCCAGGCCCACAGAGCAGACGGCUUCUGCCACCCAGAAGGAUCUGCAGCCUUUUUUCCAGGUGGUUAUGCAGGACCCUCAGGAGGCAAACAGCAACCUCUCGUGUGUGGAGCUGAGGGCCCAGAGGUUGACCCUCCUGCACCUGAAAAGCAGAAAUCUCCUGUCUUUCCCGUCAUGCUUGCCUGAGAUUCUGGAACAUCUGGAUCUGAGCAACAACCUCUUGCCGGAAUUCAAUGGCCAGGAGGCGGCCUACCUGCCCAACCUGCAGGCCCUUUCCUUGAGACAGAACCAGAUCCGACAAGUGACAUGGGGGCCCCCCGGAAGCCUGGCCAGGCUGCGGUCCCUGGAUCUGAGCUUCAACCUGUUGUCAUCCGUCCCGGCCUGCAACGCCUCCACUUUGGGAGACCUUGAGGAGCUGUCUCUGGCUGGGAAUCCCAUUGAAGAGAUCCAGACCUUUGCUUUCUCCUGCUGCCCUCAGCUGCGGUCCCUGAAUCUGUCUUCCACUCUGCUGGGACAAGGUGGCAGCGGUGGGAUUCAGGACUCUGCCUUUGCGGUGAAUGUUUUGCAAGGGGACACCACCGAGAUGGUGGGAAGUGCUCUUGGGAUGCUUGACCUCAGCGCAACCUUACUGGAGAGAGUUCGUCUUGAGUGGCUCAAAGACCUGCCCAGCCUGACAUCUCUCCAUCUGACAAAAAUGAGCCGUCUGAGAAGCCUCAACGCGGCUGUCUUUGCGUAUACACCCCAGCUGGAAGAACUGAACUGCCGGGAUUCCCCCGUCCUUAGCCAGGUGGAAACGGAGUCCUUUGGCCAGACCCCCAAGGUGGCUUUUCUCAUGUUCCAAAACUGUAAUUUGAGUUCCUUAAAUCCAUGGAAUCUUAGCUCAUCAGACAAUCUGGUCAUCAGCCUCUAUGGAAACCCUUUGGAGUGCCAUUGUGAGAUGUCCUGGCUGCUCUCCGAACCAGAAAGGAUAGUUCUGCAGAGGGCAUCAGAAACGAUGUGUUCCGUGCCCCCAGAAGACAAUGUAGCGCCCAGAUCCAUACCUCUGCCAAGGCUGUAUGAUGAGUGCCAGUCCAACAGAACUACCGAUUCAUCCCCAGAGCUCACAACAGGCAGCCUUUACAGCACAUCCUCCAGAUUCGCCACAGAUACACCGCCAGACUUUGGGACAUUUCCCCAGGAAUGGCACAGCAGUUCAGCUGCCCCGCACAGCAUUGCGUUGACUUGGGGCGAUCUGACAACGCAGGAUUCCACACAGGCAGAUAUGCUUGCCUACAAAGAAGAAACAGUUAACGGAUCUCAGGAGAGCCCACUUGCAACGGCUGCUCUGACCGCUGCCUCGACAAUCCUGGGAAAGACUUCUGCCAAGCAGACCGUGGAGAAUGCAACCAAAAUGGAUCCAAGAAGUCACGAUCCCACCACGGCAGAUUAUCUUGUCCGACCAGGAGGAACAUUGUCCCACUCUGCUCUGAGCACUCCUACAGCUGCGCCGACCAGAACCACGGCAGAUUAUCUUGUCCGACCGGAAGGAACAUUGUCCCACUCUGCUCUGAGCACGCCUACAGCUGCGCCGACCAGAAUAGAUUCUUCGCCUGUCCCCAGUGCUUUAUUUAUCCCACAGAACAUGCCAAAUUCCACUCCGACCAAACCACCAGUGCAAAACUCCACCAAGUCACCUGCUCUUCCAAAUCCUGCAUCCACUGACGUUCCAGUAUAUUAUGUAGAUGAAUAUGACUACGAAGGUCAUCAAGAGGGAUCGGAGGUCCAGACGCUCGGCCCGUGUGCCUACGACCCCUGCAGACAUCUCCAAAAGCCUUGCUCUGAACUCCAAGAGUUGUCUCCUUGCUUGUGCCCAGGGAUAUCAGACGAAUUCACCGUCCCGGAACCGCCAAGGCUCCGUGAAGCGUCUGAAAUAAGGGACACGUCAGCAGAGAUCCGCUGGUGUGCCCCAAAUUCGUAUGUGAGAUUCUACCGGCUCACCUACCACCUUAAAGGCAACUUGAAUAAUAGUACGGUGACUGGGGAGAUCUACCCCACCGCCAGGGAGUACACCCUGUACAAUCUCCAACCUGGUUCCAGCUACCAGGUAUGCAUCGCUGCUUCCAACAAAGCUGGGUCAAGUCAGACCACCGGCUGGAACGGGCGCCGUGCGCCGUGUAUUACUUUUGCCACCAAACCCAGCUACAAAUCCAGUUUUGCCAUCUUGAGUGCAAUAAGUGGACUCCUCCUCCUUGCGACUGUCCUCAUGUCAGGGUGCCUCUGCAAGAAACAUAAAGCGCCCCCUGCUGAGCAGUAUAACACGCAUCUGGUUUCCUAUAAGAACCCUGCUUUUGAUAAUUCCUCAAAAUAG